AUGUCUGCAAUGCAGUUAAUAAAAACAAUGACUUUGAUCAUAACAGGACCAUGUGGGAUCAUCCUAAACUCAUCGAUUGUAGCUGUGCAUCUCAGCCACUGGAAGAAGAGAGUGAUCCUUGGGGAGUGUGAUCAAAUCAUUCUAAUCAAGGGGUUCACCAAUGUUCUCCUCCAGUGCUUUUUAACUUUCAGUGGGACAAUCAAUGCUUUUCAACUAUAUGGGCAUUUUGACAACAAUUAUUUUUUAGUAGCUUACAUUUUCUUCUUCUUUUUGUCUUCACUCUGGUUUUGGCUGACUGCCUGGCUCGCUAUCUGCUACUGCUUGAGACUCGUCAACAUUUCACAACAAUUCUUUAUAAGCUUAAAGAAGAGAAUCUCCUCUGGGAUUACCCAACUUCUUUUAGGAACAGCGGUAAUUUUAGGCAUGAUUAAUUUUCCAGUUUUUUGGACAUUUAACUUAAAAGCCCAGCAAAACACAUCUAUCACUAUAUCAGUUAAUUAUUUCAUCUUUGAGGAAGACAUUAAAUACCUUUCCUUCAAUGCUGCAUUUGGUUUCUGCCUGCUGACUCUUCUAAAUUCUCUCUGUAUUGGACUAAGCCUAAUGUCCCUUUUGAGACAUGUCCAGAGGAUGAAGCAGAAUAAUUCUCAGUCCUGCACUGGUAAAAUAAAGACCCAUGCAAGAGCCUGCAUGACAAUAUUCCUACUUAUGGCUUUGAACUUGUUUUGCUUUGUGACAGUUUUUAUUUUUGUUAUAUCAGAAUUCAGUUCUGGAACUCUUUGGGACACCUUCUUCUGGUCUGUAAUCAUGGCAAGUCCCUCUGGCCAAGCUAUCAUUCUGUUUUUUGGAAAUUCAAAGUUACGGUCUGGUUUAUUAAAGACUUGUAUAAGCAAAUAG